UUGGAAGUGCACCUGUGCAGAGGAAUCGCAACGGAGAGGAAAGCGUAACCCUAGAGCGGAGGAAGAUGGUGAAGUUCCUGAGGCCAAACAAGGCGGUGAUCGUCCUGCAGGGGCGUUAUGCGGGGCGGAAGGCGGUGAUCGUCAGGACCUUCGACGACGGAACCAGGGAUCGCCCCUACGGCCAUUGUCUGGUCGCUGGAAUCAAGAAGUACCCUAGCAAGGUCAUCAAGAAAGACUCCGCCAAGAAGACGGCGAAGAAAUCGAGGGUGAAGGCCUUUGUGAAGCUGGUGAACUAUCAGCAUCUCAUGCCCACGCGCUACACGCUCGACGUGGAUCUAAAGGACGCCGUCAACCCCGAUGUCCUCUCCUCCAAGGACAAGAAGGUCACCGCUCUCAAGGAGACCAAGAAGCGCUUGGAGGAAAGGUUCAAGACCGGCAAGAACAGGUGGUUCUUUACCAAACUCAGAUUCUGAUAACCUCCACAUUUUUCUUAAGCCUUUCCCAAUCUUACUUUUUCCAAUGUAUUCGAAGAUCUUAUGAGAUAGUUUUGUUAUCUUCUUUUACAUUCGUUGCACCUUUUAUAUUAAUAUUUUGGGUUUUUUUAAUCAAUUUCUGAUUAGCAUUUUGGUUUUUUAUAGUAAGGAAUUUUGAUAGACUUCUCCGUUGAAUUGGAAAUUUUAUGUUUUUUUUUUAUAAGUGCUGCGUUUUGGUUGUGAUUGUGGUCUUAUGGUUGUAUUUUACUCUCGAUUCAGCACAAUAUUCACGGAAUUAAAGACCGUGUUAUAA